AUGCCUAAACAACCAAGAAACACCAUUAAGUCCAGUUCUACAGACUCAGACUCCACCAGUAACAGUGGUUCAGAAUCAGAAUCAGCACAGAUCAAGACUUUACCUGCAAGUAGCAAGACCAACACCUCAUCAAGAGCUCGAAGAAAACAGCUAGAGACACAAAAAGACAUGUUCAGCAACAUCAAUGAAGUCAUGAAUAUAUGCUUCCUACUUGAGGAGGAAGCUGUCCGAGCUGAAGAAAAUGAAGAUAAUCUAGAGGAUGAGAGAUUAGUGAGGGCACAAAAUAAAGUUUUGGAAAAGGUGUAA